UCCGCGAGACGGCCACAAGAGUUGUUGCAGCCUUGAAGGAACAAAUAUCCAGUUCUCGAAAUUGACCAAAUAAUACAGAGUACCAGGAGGAUCUUACUUGCUGCUCCCUACUCUCCAAGACUUGUCGAUCGAUUAAGCUGUUCGUUGUGUUUCACUGGUGUGGGAAGUGAUGUCUUCUUCCCAAACUGGAAAGUUGAUUCCGAAUCUAGACGAGCGGAGCACCAAGGUGCUCAAUCUCACCGUUCUUCAGAGAAUUGAUCCCUUCAUUGAAGAGAUCUUAAUCACUGCCGCUCAUGUCACCUUCUACGAGUUCAAUGUCGACAUUAAUCAGUGGAGCCGUAAGGAUGUUGAAGGUUCUCUAUUUGUAGUUAAGAGGAACACUCAACCAAGGUUCCAGUUCGUUGUUAUGAACCGCCGGAAUACAGAGAAUCUGGUGGAGAAUCUCUUGGAAGAUUUCGAGUUUGAAAUUCAGGUUCCAUAUCUGUUGUAUCGUAAUGCAGAUCAAGAAGUAAACGGUAUCUGGUUUUACAAUUCACGUGAAUGUGAGGAGGUCGGAAAUCUAUUUAGUAGAAUUCUUAGUGCAUAUUUGAAAGUUUCUCCGAAGCCAAAGCUAAGCUCGACCAAAAGUGAGUAUGAAGAACUUGAGGCAGUACCAACUAGUGCAGUGAUUGAGGGGCCACUAGAGCCGUCAUUUACUGUGCCUGCUCACACUGAUGUUGCUGAUGACUCCUCCUUCUUGAAUUUCUUUGAUGCGGCCACGAGUAUAGGUGUAUCCUCGUCUAAGCUUCCAAACACUGGGCCAAUAUACUAUCCUUCUGCCCAAACCUUAGCUCCAACUGCACGUGUACCCAGCCCCACACCACAUGUCCCAACUCUUCCCCCUAAUUCAGCUGCUCCAUCACUUUUAUCUCUGCAUGAUGGCACUGACCGGAUGAACAAAACCAAUCAGAUUGCUGCUCUUCUCAAGCCUUCUUCUUUCUUCACACCUCCCCCUAUGUCACCCGCAAUGCCAAUGAACCCUAUGCCCACCUCUAUCCAAACGAUGCCUUCUCUUAAUCCUCCCCCUCUGACUCAACAGCGCCCACAUGGUGCACCAAUACUUCAACCCUUCCCUCCUCCUACACCGCCCCUCUCACUCACUUCUAACCCCACUCCUAUUAAUGUGACACUAAGCAGAGAAAAAGUCCGAGAUGCACUUCUAAUGCUAGUUCAGGACAAUCAGUUUAUCGACUUGGUCUACCAGACGUUGUCAAAAGUACACCAACCUUGAGAGUUCUAAUUAAUGAACAUGGUGGCAUCAUAAACUUCUGAGUUCAUUUGUUUAUGACCAUUAUGCAUAUAUACUCCACACUGGUGGAGAUGGGUGCAUUAGUAAGUGUAAUCAUUUUUUCUCUCUGUAUUUCUUUCAUUUAAAGGUUUUGUCUGCCUUCUCUGAGGACCAGAGUUAGAACACAUAAUUCAUUUAUAGUUUCGUAUGUUUUAAUCUUAUGGUGAAAGUCGAGUGUGAAUUUGUUUGUAUAUGGGUCGGAGUUUAAUGUUAGCUACCUUUGGGCGUCACAGAAUGUGAUUGAUUUGGUUGGCUGGACCGUUUUGUCUUUGGAAAAGAUGAUUUGUGAAACUGCUCUCUAAAUUCUUGUGGUGUGCCAGUUUUUUCUCUAUUAACGGUGUGUAAUUCUGUAUUCUUUAUUAGUUUAAAAUGGGCUGAUAGAGACCUACAUAAUUCGGUAGUGUUGUUAUUGUCUUGUUAACUUGUUACUAUAUCGCAUUUUGUUACAAUUUUUGAGUUACUUUGACGUCCAUUUUUCAGCAAAUUAUACCGUAAAUUGAAU